AUGUCACCGCGCAAUUUCCUAUAUAUGGACGACCAGGGUGCUACGCGUAGCGUAGACAUUCCUCACGGGCUUCGCUCAUACGCAGCCGAACAUCUGAAGGCUCUCGAGAGUCUGAUAGAGCGAAUCAACCGCAUCGUCAUUCCGGAUGUAGCCACACCACAUCAGAAGUCCCCGACGACAGUGGAAGCUGGACCUAGCGGCCCUGUCGAUGGUGUUGCAUCGGAAGGCACUGAGCAUCACACAGCCCCUGUGGCAACUGGAUAUAUCGAUCCUCUAGACGGCCUCACCGUAGUGGAAGCCGAGUUCCUCGACGACCUGGGUUGGGCGGACAACGACCUUACUAGCGAGGAAGAAGCGUUUCUUCGCGAAUACGGUCUUGAUGAGCCUGAACACGUUACAUACGAAGAGGGGUCUUCGUCCGAAGCAGCCCUUGUCCCGGAAACGCCACUCGUACACUCUCACGAUGUCGACUGCAAACGUUCGUUCCCGUGGAACUGCACUUCGAACGCAGGGCCUCUUCCAAUCUUGAGCGACCCGACUUUCGGGCCUGUUGGCACUGCACCCCCAACACGUCGUCGCACUUCCGAGCCUCGAGUUCCUCCAGCCUCCUCUUCGGACUCACCGGCCGCGGCACCUCCGACUCGGGCGUCUGUUCCCACCACACCGCUGCGAAUUCCUGCAGUGACUCUCGCUGCUGCAAGAUCAGGCUACUUCGUGUGGAUCCAGAGGGUUUGGGAGCAGCAAGAAAAAACGCUGAGCAUACUUGCGCAAAGACUCGAGGAACAAAGACGGGUAGAAGCACUCGAGCAGGCAAUAAUGGUCGAAGAAACAAACCAGGCGGUGGAUCGAUAUUGGACUUAUCGGAAGCAGCUGUUCAGAGAGCAAUAUUCUCUGGGUGUGAUUCAGUACGGAGAAUACCCCGCGUCCUUUUUGGUCGCUGAUGCUACAGCCGAGAGGAUUGCGCGAGUAGAGGACGAAGCAUUGAGGAUGCCUCUACGGAACUAA